UCACUUGAAGAGCCGCAGCCUGUUGGCGUUGGGCUGCAUGGCCCCUGCAGAAGGCACUGGCGGACAUGAUGUGGCGUGACGGGAGCGGAUCGCAAGCCCCUGAUCACUCUAGCGACUACUGGUGGCCCCAGCCAAGCUCGACUCUACGACCACAGUGAUGUCCGGACGUUGGCAGGUAGAUAUGGACGAAAUGUCCGCUUUGUAUUGUGUUGUACUUGUCGUUCGUGCCACUCCGGUCGUUGAUUUUUCCUGUCUCUUAACACUCACUGCUUGCAUGGCCAGCGCAGCUCUCAUUUGUUGUUCUUUACAUUUCCAUUUUCUGGUGCAACGACUCCACAAUGUCGCUUUCCUCGGCAGCGUUCUCUCUGGUGCGUCGUUUGAUGGAGGGGGAAGAUGAAGGUGGGGACGUGGAAGGAGGAGAGAUUGAGACAAUCUAUGAAAACUGGAAUGUUUGUCCUAAGAAGCCAGCAUUUGUGGAAGACCAUGAAAUACUUCCUAUUGUCGGAAACCUCAAGUUUCACGAUCUCGCCAUUGUGCUCUCCGCCUCGGCAGGCUUCGUCGCUUGUGUCUUGUCGUGGGUUCUCAUUGCUCGACAUGCGACCCAUUAUUGUGCUCCCGGAGAGCAGAAACAAAUCAUGCGUGUCGCAUACCUUAUCCAGUGGUUCGUCUUCGUGUCGUUCUUGGGUGUUAUCUUUGAAGAGGCCGCCCCUUACCUGAAACCACUUCUUCUUAUUGGCGAAUCAUUUACCGUGGCCGCCUUCCUUCUCUUCCUAUGCAAUUGCGUCCUAUCGAACGAGGACGGCUUUGAACGGAUGUUCAGAGUCACCAAAUACGACCAUCUACAUCACCUUCGACAUAUGGAACGGCGCUAUUCGCACAUGCGAGAAGAGAACUACUCCGGUCCCACAUGGUUGAAACUAUGUUGGUACCUGGCGAUACAACUGAUUCCUGUCAGUAUCAUCGUCUUUAUAAUCACCGUCGUAUCCAAAGCUACUGGGUGGUACUGUAAUACAUCGAACAGCUUCGCAUUCUCCAAGUCAUGGAUUGCUUGGAUCGAAAACAUUUCCAUUGUCCUCGCUGUAGCGGGAGAAAUAUACUUCCACGUGAAACAAUCUGAUCAGCUGCGCCCGCAUGGUGCCUGGAGAAAGAUGAUUGCCUUCAAGUCUAUCGUUGUGGUAAAUGCCUUGCAGCUUACCAUCAUUACCGCACUUGCCGGAUACCAGGCAAUCCAGCCGAGCGAAUACAUGACCUGGGAUGACGUUGUGUACGGACUGCCAAACCUAGUCAUCUGUUGCGAGAUGCCUCUAUUCGCCCUACUCUUCCUGUGGACAUUCCGCAUCGCGCCCUACAGAAUCACCGAGGAUGACGAUCCAAGAGAGUAUCGAGGUGGGAGAUUCGGACUGGUUGCAAUGGGCGAGGCGCUCAACAUUGCCGAUAUCCUCUCGACGUUCAUCCGAGGACCCGUCCACAUGCUGAAACACCAGGAGCAAAUGGUCGAAAAGCACGGCUUGGACCUGGAGGCUAUCGCUGCGCAUAAGUCCACACCAUAUCUCUCGAGGAGUACCAGCCGUACGACUUCUCGUGCGAAUUCGUUACGAUAUAGCGAGACCGACACUGUGUCGAUGAUCACAAUGAAUGAGGAGGGAAGAAGAUCGAGGUCCACGACUCGCUCCGGUGGUCGAUCGGUGUCUCGACCUACAGUUGCAAGUACAAGGAGUAAUACCAUGACGGGGAGACAAUACUCUCGAGUUGGAGAUCGGCGGGGCCGACGAGGUCGGGAACCGUCGCGGCCGCGGCGGGAACAUCCCAACUUUGUCUUUGACUGAGCAAGAACUUUGAUUAAGGAGGAUUUGAAUGAACUGGAUUAGCGUUGGCGUUUAGGAUCGGCCUCGUCAUGGCCGCAGGACUUUGCAGUGUGGCGCUGCUUUCAUUAUGUUUCAUAUGGCGAUGACAGUAAAAGAAUGUUCGUCCUUACAAUACCAGCAAUAUAUAUAAAUUUAGAUAGAUUAUAGAGACACAAGAGCAUACACUCAAGGCUGG